UGUUUUCUCUUUCCAAUCCAUAUCUAUAAAUUCAGGCGUCACACGUCAUCCAUCGUCUCAUGUGAUCCGUGCAUUUUUCUUCUCUUCAACUCUGUUUCUUUCUCUUCACACUCACACCACACACUACUCUCUCUACUAUUAUACACACAACAACACAAACACUUUCUCUUUCCUUCUUUGUCUCUUCACGAUCCCUUUCCUCCUACAUUGGUCUUCGUCCUUUCGAAUCCCUAUGGAGUCUCUUGAACUCCUCCCUCGUCUGUUAUUCCUCCAUCACCAUCCUCGCGCAUCAUCUUCAACUCGACUUCAUACCACCAACACACGAUUCUUACCUCAACUGGGUUUUCCUUCUAAGCUUAAAAAAGCUACUAAAAAUGCUACCUUGCGAUCAAUCUCUGGUGAUACUGAUGGUGGUUCCACCGCUUCACAAGAUGGACCUGUUUCAUUCGAAGAUGAAACCCAACAACGUGAUGAAGAUAGGGCUCUUUUAUUGUCUAGAGAAAUUGAUGAUUAUGGUUCUCUUGUUGGCUUUCGCUUCAAUUCUUCUAACUCUGGGAAAACUAAUGGCAUUCAAGGGGAUUUAAGGAGUGGUGAAGUUGAAAAACCGGAUGUUGAGAGUGUAGAAGAAGAGAAGGCCAAGACUGGAGUGACCUAUAACAUUGUUUUUGUUACAUCUGAAGCUGCACCCUAUUCUAAGACCGGUGGCCUUGCGGAUGUUUGUGGUUCUUUGCCAAUAGCACUGGCUGGUCGUGGACACCGUGUUAUGGUUAUCUCUCCCAGAUACAUACAUGGUACUGCCGCAGAUAGUAAGUUUUCUAAAGCAGUUGAUCUUGGUAGUCCUGUCAGUGUAUUUUGCUUUGGAGGUGCUCAAGAAGUUGGUUUUUACCACGAGUAUAGAGAAGGUGUUGAUUGGGUAUUUGUGGAUCACCCUUCAUUCCAUAGACCAGGGAAUCCUUAUGGGGACAAGCAUGGGACUUUUAAGGAUAAUCAGUUUCGGUUCACUUUACUUUCCCAUGCAGCAUGUGAAGCCCCAUUAGUGCUUCCAUUGGGAGGUUACACUUAUGGAGAAAAAUGUCUAUUCCUCGUAAAUGAUUGGCAUGCCAGCCUAGUUUCAGUACUUUUGGCAGCAAAGUAUCGUCCAUAUGGAGUAUAUAAGGAUGCACGUAGUAUAUUAGUGAUUCACAAUAUUGCACACCAGGGAGUUGAACCUGCAAUUACAUAUAGCAACUUGGGGUUGCCUCAAGAUUGGUAUGGAGCAUUGGGAUGGGUAUUCCCUACUUGGGCGAGGACGCAUGCUCUUGACACAGGUGAAGCUGUCAAUUUUCUAAAAGGCGCCAUUGUUACAUCUGAUCGGAUAGUAACAGUAAGCAAGGGCUAUUCUUGGGAGAUAACAACUAAUGAAGGUGGAUUUGGUCUACAUGAGAUAUUACGUGAUAGAAAAAGUAUUCUCAGCGGGAUUACAAAUGGAAUUGAUGUUACUGAAUGGGACCCAUCAUCUGAUGAACACAUUGCCAGCAACUAUUCUGCUGAUGAUCUUUCUGGGAAGGUGAAAUGCAAGAUUGCCUUGCAGAAGGAAUUGGGUCUUCCAGUGAGGCCUGAUUGUCCGAUGAUUGGAUUCGUUGGAAGACUUGAUUACCAGAAAGGUAUUGACCUGAUUCGCCAGGCGAUUCCAGAGCUUAUGAAAGAUGAUGUUCAGUUUGUAAUGCUUGGUUCUGGAAACCCUGUUUAUGAAGACUGGAUGAGAGCGACAGAAUCAAUUUAUAAAGAUAAAUUCCGGGGUUGGGUUGGAUUUAAUGUUCCAGUAUCUCAUAGAAUAACAGCAGGCUGCGAUAUACUGUUAAUGCCAUCCACGUUCGAGCCCUGUGGACUAAAUCAGUUGUAUGCAAUGAGAUACGGAACUAUACCAGUGGUUCACGAAACUGGGGGACUAAGAGAUACUGUUCAAACUUUUAAUCCAUUUGCUGCAGGAAGCAACGCCGAAGGAUGCAAUGCGGAAGGCACAGGGUGGACAUUUACUCCGCUGACAAAGGAGAGUAUGUUAGUGGCUCUAGGAUACGCCAUUCAAACAUUUAAUGAACACAAGUCUUCAUGGGAGGGAUUGAUGAAAAGAGGUAUGACUAGAGAUUACACGUGGGAAAACGCCGCCACUCAAUAUGAGCAAAUCAUCAAGUGGGCAUUCAUGGAUCCACCCUAUUGCUGAAAGCAUAAAUGAAGUUAGCACAAAAUUUCAAAGAUCAACACAGAAUUUUCCUUCAACAUCAAAGCCAGUAUGACGAUUUUCUUGUUCAUGAUAAUGAUAAACGGGGCCGAGUGGUAACAGCAAAGUGGCCUUUUUCUCGGCUCAUUUGAGAUCGGCUGCAUGUUGUAAUUUUUACUAUCGAACACAAUUUUUUACUACCAUUUGUUGAGGGGGUGCACAGCACAUAUUAUAUCUUACCUUUUUUUGCUGUCUGUAUUCUAUGAUAGUAGUACAUAAAAUCAGCUUAAGUAGUCCUUUUCUUGUGGAAUUUUUUAUAUUGAUUAUAGGUCCACGUUGUUUGUAACUUAUGUAUGAAGCAAUGGUGAAUGUUACUGUACACAAUCUUGAGUUUUGGGUCACUCUAUAAAAAAAUUGCAAAAAGUCUAUACUUUUCAUAGUUGGAGGAUGAAUUCUCAUUGUCA